CGGGAGCGGGGCCAGAUGAGCCGUGGCGCAUCCAGGAGCUCCAGCCCCGGGGCCGGCGGCGGCCACAGCACCAGUACCAGCACCAGCCCGGCCACAACCCUCCAGAGAAAAUCUGACGGUGAGAAUUCCAGGACAGUCAGUGUGGAGGGUGAUGCCCCAGGCAGUGACCUGAGCACAGCGGUUGAUAGUCCUGGGAGCCAACCCCCCUACCGGCUGAGCCAGCUGCCCCCCACCAGCAGCCACAUGGGGGGCCCCCCAGCUGGGGUAGGCCUUCCCUGGGCUCAGCGAGCUCGCCUCCAGCCAGCCAGUGUCGCCCUGAGGAAGCAGGAGGAGGAGGAGAUAAAGCGCUCCAAGGCCCUAUCGGACAGCUAUGAACUCUCCACGGACCUGCAGGACAAGAAGGUGGAAAUGCUGGAGAGGAAGUAUGGGGGCUCCUUCCUGAGCCGCAGGGCUGCCAGGACCAUCCAGACGGCCUUUCGCCAGUACCGCAUGAACAAGAACUUUGAGCGGCUCCGCAGCUCAGCCUCAGAGAGCCGCAUGUCCCGCCGCAUCAUCCUUUCCAACAUGAGGAUGCAGUUCUCCUUCGAAGAGUACGAGAAGGCACAGAACCCCGCGUACUUCGAGGGCAAGCCUGCCUCGCUGGACGAGGGCGCCAUGGCUGGUGCUCGGAGCCACCGGCUCGAACGAGGGCUCCCCUACGGAGGCUCCUGUGGAGGGGGCAUCGAUGGUGGCGGAAGCUCCGUCACCACAUCCGGAGAGUUUUCUAAUGACAUCACAGAGCUCGAGGACUCCUUCUCCAAACAGGUAAAGUCUCUGGCUGAAUCCAUUGAUGAGGCCCUGAACUGCCACCCAUCAGGGCCCAUGUCUGAGGAGCCAGGGUCAGCCCAACUGGAGAAGCGGGAGUCAAAGGAACAGCAGGAGGACAGCUCGGCCACAUCCUUCAGUGAUCUUCCCCUCUACUUGGAUGACCCAGUUCCCCCACCAUCCCCUGAGCGACUGCCCAGCACAGAGCCCCCACCCCAGGGCCGGCCCGAGUUCUGGGCACCAGCCCCUCUCCCGCCAGUUCCUCCACCAGUGCCACCAGGGACCCGGGAAGAUGGUGCCCGUGAGGAAGGCACUCGCAGGGGUCCUGGGUGCUUGGAGUGCCGGGAUUUCCGGCUGCGGGCCGCCCACCUUCCCCUGCUUACCAUUGAGCCUCCUAGUGACAGCUCCGUGGACCUGAGCGACCGCUCAGACCGCGGCUCUGUCCACCGCCAGCUGGUGUAUGAGGCUGAUGGCUGCAGCCCCCAUGGGACCCUGAAGCACAAGGGGCCACCGGGCAGGGCCCCGAUCCCACACCGCCACUACCCAGCCCCGGAGGGCCCAGCCCCAGCCCCGCCAGGGCCCCUGCCCCCAGCCCCCAACAGUGGCACCGGGCCCAGUGGUGUGGCUGGGGGUCGGAGGUUGGGGAAGUGCGAGGCAGCAGGCGAGAACUCUGAUGGUGGAGAUAAUGAGAGCCUCGAGAGCUCCAGCAAUUCCAACGAGACCAUCAACUGCAGCUCUGGCUCCUCCUCGAGGGACAGCCUGAGGGAGCCUCCAGCCACAGGCCUGUGCAAGCAGACUUACCAGCGGGAGACGCGGCACAGCUGGGACUCGCCAGCCUUUAACAACGACGUGGUGCAGAGGCGGCAUUACAGAAUUGGCCUCAACCUGUUCAACAAGAAGCCAGAGAAGGGCAUCCAGUAUCUGAUUGAGCGGGGCUUCCUGUCAGACACACCGGUGGGAGUGGCUCACUUUAUCCUGGAACGGAAAGGCCUGAGCCGGCAGAUGAUAGGGGAAUUCCUAGGGAACCGGCAGAAGCAGUUCAACAGAGACGUGUUGGACUGUGUAGUGGAUGAGAUGGACUUCUCCUCCAUGGAUUUGGAUGACGCACUCCGGAAGUUCCAAUCCCACAUCCGGGUUCAAGGCGAGGCCCAGAAAGUAGAGCGACUCAUCGAAGCCUUCAGCCAGCGGUACUGUGUGUGUAACCCAGCCCUCGUGCGCCAGUUCCGGAACCCAGACACCAUCUUCAUCCUUGCUUUCGCUAUCAUCCUCCUCAAUACCGACAUGUACAGUCCCAGCGUCAAGGCUGAACGCAAGAUGAAACUAGAUGACUUCAUCAAGAACCUGAGAGGGGUUGACAAUGGUGAGGACAUCCCCCGAGACCUCCUCGUGGGCAUCUACCAGCGUAUCCAGGGGCGUGAACUGCGAACCAAUGAUGACCAUGUGUCCCAGGUGCAGGCCGUGGAGCGCAUGAUUGUGGGCAAGAAACCGGUCUUGUCUCUUCCCCACCGUCGACUGGUUUGCUGCUGUCAACUCUAUGAGGUGCCAGAUCCAAACCGCCCCCAGCGGCUAGGGUUGCAUCAGCGGGAAGUCUUCCUCUUCAACGAUCUCCUUGUGGUCACCAAAAUUUUCCAGAAGAAGAAGAUCUUGGUGACGUACAGCUUCCGUCAGUCCUUUCCUCUCGUGGAAAUGCACAUGCAGCUCUUCCAGAAUUCAUAUUACCAGUUUGGGAUCAAGCUGCUGUCCGCAGUACCUGGUGGGGAACGCAAAGUCCUCAUCAUCUUCAAUGCGCCCAGCCUCCAGGACCGGCUGCGCUUCACGUCCGACUUGCGCGAGUCCAUUGCCGAGGUGCAGGAGAUGGAGAAAUACCGCGUGGAGUCGGAGCUAGAGAAGCAGAAAGGUAUGAUGCGGACUAACGCCUCACAGCCCGGAGGGGCCAAGGACUCAGUGAAUGGCACACUGGCCCGCAGCAGCCUGGAGGACACGUAUGGGGCAGGCGAUGGGCUCAAACGGGGCGCGCUCAGCAGUUCCCUGCGAGACCUCUCUGACGCAGGGAAGCGGGGGCGGCGUAACAGCGUGGGAUCGCUGGACAGCACCAUCGAAGGGUCUGUUAUUAGCAGUCCACGCCCUCACCAGAGGAUGCCACCUCCACCCCCACCCCCGCCGCCAGAGGAGUACAAGAGCCAGAGGCCGGUCUCCAACUCCUCAUCCUUCCUGGGCUCCCUGUUUGGAAGCAAGCGGGGCAAGGGGCCCUUCCAGAUGCCACCACCGCCAACGGGCCAGGCCUCUGCCUCCUCCUCAUCUGCUUCUUCCACCCACCACCACCACCACCACCACCACCACGGUCACAGCCACGGUGGCCUGGGGGUGCUGCCUGACGGGCAGUCCAAGCUCCAGGCCCUGCAUGCCCAAUAUUGCCAAGGACCAGGCCCUGCCCCGCCGCCCUACCUCCCACCCCAGCAGCCCCCUCUUCCCCCACCUCCUCAGCAGCCCCCACCCCUGCCCCAGCUGGCCUCCAUCCCACCACCGCCCGCCUCGGCCCCACCCGUGGGGCCACAUCGCCACUUCCAUGCCCACGGCCCAGUCCCAGGCCCCCAGCACUAUACCUUGGGCCGGCCAGGCAGGGCCCCCAGACGGGGGGCUGGAGGACACCCUCAGUUUGCUCCACAUGGCCGCCACCCCCUGCACCAGCCCACAUCCCCAUUGCCCCUGUACAGUCCUGCCCCCCAGCACCCUCCAGCCCACAAACAGGGCCCCAAGCACUUCAUCUUCAGCCACCACCCACAGAUGAUGCCAGCAGCGGGGGCCACUGGGGGCCCUGGAUCCCGGCCACCAGGGGGCUCCUACUCCCACCCUCACCACCCCCAGUCACCCUUGUCACCGCACUCCCCCAUCCCACCCCAUCCUUCCUACCCCCCCCCGCCCCCACCCUCACCCCACACCCCACACUCGCCCCUGCCGCCCACCUCCCCCCAUGGCCCACUGCACGCCUCUGGGCCCCCUGGCACGGCCAACCCACCCAGUGCGAACCCCAAGGCCAAGCCAAGCCGGAUCAGCACCGUGGUCUGAUGAACGGAGGGAGCGAGCUGGGGCCCAGGAAGGUCUGGGGAAUCCACAAGAGAUUCCCCGGUUUUUCCAAAAUAUAUAUACACAUAGAGAUGUCCUCCUCCCCACUUCCUCCCUGCCUCGGAACCCCUCCUCUAACCCCCAACAGGCGCCGUGGGGUUUCCUUCCAGAUUCAAGGAUCCUUGCCACUUGAAGCCUGGACACAGGGCUCUCAAGCUCUGGGGAGUGGUGAGGACCUUUUGGAGAUCCUCGUCCUUUUUUUUUCCUCUCUCCAUCCCCCACCCCCACCCCCGCUCCCCAGAGGUGGCCUCAGACCUCUGGGCCAGUGUGGGCUCCCUGUCAGCUCUGGCUGGUAGAGAAGGGCAGGCAGGUGUCAGGAGCGGUGAGGGUGAAGGCUUCCCCAGAGCACCUCUAGCCACACGGGGCUAGGAGGGAGUUCUGUAGAGUUGUGGCCAAACCUCAGC